CAAACAAAAUGUUCCCCAAAUGGAUUCUGCUGUUUCUUUUCUUUAGCAGAUUUGUGGCCUCAAAACAACAAGAAGAUGUUGAUUUCACCUACAAUGGCUUUCGUGGAGUCAACAUGAGCCUGAACGGCUUAGCCCAGAUUACAGAGAAUGGCCUUCUAACGUUGGUAAACACCACAAAAGGAAAGGUGGGUCAAGCCUUCUACCCCCAACCGGUUCGCUUCAAGAACACGUCCACUGGUAAUGUUCUCUCCUUCUCUACUACUUUUGUAUUUGCAAUGUUCUCUGAGUUAACAACAGUAGGAGGUCCUGGAAUCAUGUUGGUGAUUUCACCCUCAAAAGAGUUCCCUGGUGCUUUCCCAGGCAGUUAUAUUGGUCUCUUCAACACCACUAACAUCGGCAAUUCAUCCAACCAUGUAAUUGGAGUCGAGUUGGAUUGCCUCCAAAACCAAGAGUUUAAUGAUAUCAAUGACAACCACGUUGGUAUUGAUAUAAACGACUUGAAAUCUGUCGAAUCUGUUCCGGCUUCUUAUUUUAGCGAUAAAGAGAAUCAGUAUCUGAACCUGAGCCUCAUCAGUGGAGAUCCCAUCCAACUCUGGGUGGAAUAUGAUGCAACAAAGCAGCAACUCAAUGUGACUUUAGCUCCCAUUACUGUCCCUAAACCAAUCAUCCCACUCUUGUCCAUCAACAUUGAUCUUUCUAAAACCAUAGUGGAUGAUCCCAUGUAUGUGGGCUUCUCAUCAUCUUCUUCUGCCUUGGAAGUAUCUCAUUAUAUGUUGGGGUGGAGCUUUAGGAUGAACGGGCAAGCAAAAGAUCUCUCACUCUCCCAACUUCCUAAGCUUCCUCGAAAUGGAUCUAAAACAAAUAAAUCUAGAAUUUUUGGAAUUGGAUUUCCUGUGAUCGGUGUUAGUUUAGUGUUAAUGUCGAUCUUCAUCAUCCUUUUCAUUGUUCGAAGGAAGAGAAAGUUCGCAGAAGUUCUUGAAGAUUGGGAACUUGAAUAUGGACCUCACAGGUUCAAAUAUAAAGAUCUCUACAUUGCAACCAAAGGAUUUAAUGAGAAGGAGCUUCUUGGUAUAGGUGGGUUUGGUAAGGUUUAUAAAGGUAUUUUACCAACCUCAAAAGAAGAAGUUGCAGUGAAGAGAGUUUCGCAUGAUUCAAGACAAGGGAUGAGGGAAUUCAUUGCUGAGAUCGUGAGUAUCGGUAAAUUGCAGCAUCGGAACAUAGUGACACUCUUGGGGUAUUGCCGACGUAAAGGAGAGCUCCUUCUAGUCUACGAUUUCAUGCGCAACGGAAGUCUAGACAAGUUUCUCUUUGAUCAAUCAGCAAGAAAUUCAAAAUUGAGUUGGAAUCAAAGAUUUCAGAUAAUCAAAAGCGUGGCAUUCGCGUUACUAUAUCUUCAUGAAGAAUGCGAACAAGUUGUGGUUCAUAGAGACGUCAAGUCAAGUAAUGUGAUGUUAGACAAGGAAUUAAAGGCAAGACUAGGAGAUUUUGGACUUGCAAGAUUAUAUGAUCAUGGAGGUGAUCCUAAAAGCACCCAUGUGGUGGGGACUUUUGGUUAUCUUGCACCAGAACUUUCUAGAACUGGAAAAGUAAACCCUAGUGUGGAUGUGUUUGCGUUUGGUGUUUUUUUGCUUGAAGUUGCUUGUGGUAGAAGGCCUCUAGAGCCACAAGGAUCAGAAGAGUAUUUUGUAUUAGUGGAAUGGGUGAUCUCAUGUUGGAGUAGAGGAGCGAUUCUUGAAACUGUGGAUCCUAAAUUGGGAAUGAAUUAUAAAGUGGAGGAAAUGGAGUUAGUGUUAAAACUUGGAUUGCUUUGCUCUCAUUCCAUUCCAACUGCAAGGCCAUGCAUGCGACAAGUUAUCCGCUAUUUGGAAGGAGAGAUUCCACUGCCAGAGCUUCCAUCUCUGACUUCAGAGUGUUCUGAUGACUUUUCUAUUUGGUGUCCUUAUCUUGACAGGGCAAUGAGUCAGUCGUCAUCGAUUGCAGAUUCUCUACUCUCUGGAGGACGUUGACUCUAUU